AUGAGGACAAAAGAGACAAUUGUCUACAUGGGCAGUGUAGAGUGGGUACCUGGUGAGUGCUCAGGGGUCACCUUCCUCGGCAGCUGCCUAGAAGCCAGCACCGCCCACACUGUAGCCACAGUCCCCAAGACUCUAAGACCCGUGGGGCUGCGACUCCCUCUAUACUGGUCACAGCCGCACCCUAUCCCCUUGCAUGGCGCUGCCGUCCCCUUUUCUGGGACUAUUCAAGGAGGUCUCCAGGAUGGACUUCAGAUCACUGUCAAUGGGAACGUUCUCAGCUCCAGUGGAACCAGGUUUGCUGUGAACUUUCAGACCAGCUUCAGUGGAAAUGGCAUUGCCUUCCACUUCAACCUUCUGUUUGAAGAGGGAGGGUACAUGGUGUACAACAGGAGGCAGAAAGGAAGAUGGGGGCCUGAGGAAAGGAAGAUGCACAUUCUCCAGCAGGGGAUGCCCUUUGACCUCUGCUUCCUGCUACAGAGCUCAGAUUUCAAGGUGAUGGUGAACGGGAGCCUCUUCGUGCAGUACUUCCACCGGGUGCCCUUCCACCGUGUGGACACCAUCUCCGCCAAUGGCUCUGUGCAGCUGUCCUACAUCAGCUUCCAGAACCCCCGCACAGUCCCUGUUCAGCCUGCCUUCUCCACGGUGCCGUUCUCCCAGCCUGUCUGUUUCCCACCCAGGCCCAGGGGGCGCAGACAAAAACCUCCCGGCGUGUGGCCUGCCAACCCGGCUCCCAUUACCCAGACAGUCAUCCACACAGUGCAGAGCGCCCCUGGACAGAUGUUCUCUACUCCCGCCAUCCCACCUAUGAUGUACCCCCACCCCGCCUAUCCGACGCCUUUUGUCACCAUCAUUCCGGGAGGGCUGUACCCAUCCAAGUCCAUCAUCCUGUUGGGCACUGUCCUGCCCAGUGCUCAGAGGUUCCACAUCAACCCGCACUCUGGGAACCACAUCGCCUUCCACCUGAAUCCCCGUUUUGAUGAGAAUGCUGUGGUCCACAACACCCAGAUCAACAACUCUUGGGGGUCUGACGAGAGGGGCACAGCUGGGGAGAGGACCCCAGACGAGGUGCGCACAUUAAAGCUGGAAAGCCCUGGUCCGGAGCGGACUCCUGGCCUUGUUGCUGAGAUGCACGGCUGUCGCGCAGGGCAUGGAGCUUUCCUGGAGCCUGAGGUUGGCACUGCCCCUUCUCCUGCCCCUGAGAUGCUACUGCUAGAAGGGGAAGGUGGCGGGCGAGGGGGUGAAGUCGGCCAGGGCACCCAGGAGGCAGAGGCCAAACCUAAGCUGGGAGCCAUGUGUUGCCAGGACCCCAGUGGCCGCCGCUGA